UCAAACCAAUGUGUUGACCAAAGUUAAAAGAAUGGACGAGUGUGAAAAGAGACAGGAACAUCAACCAGCUCAGAGAAGUGAAAAUGGAGCCGAUGCAACAGAGUCACCACAAACAACAACAAGACUGAAGAAGUUUAAGAAUCUAAUACAGAUAAAGAGAAACCAGAGGGAUGCUCCAACUGUGAAAACAACAUCAGAGAAGGACGAUAAUUUGGCAGAUGUGGUGACUAACGACCCAGUGUUCGCCUGUAUGGGCCUGAGCAAAAGAUCCGAAAAGAUGUCAUAUCACUCAGCACCAUCGCCUCAUCAGCAGCGAGCCAAAGGUGUCCACGAAGAUUCCGAGCAGGAAAGUGUUUGUAGCUUUGCGGCUGGAAAUUAUCCAUGGUGCCCAGUAGAUUUUCCACACUCCUGGACGCCGUCCCACCACACCUGGCAGGAGUCUCAGCAUGAAGCGUGGCUGUGCAGUGGCCCUUUGUCACUGGAAAUGGACAAAAAACACUUAGAUCUGUCAGCGCCACGACUGAUCCGCUCCAUCACAGAUCUGUACCUCUCACAAAACACAGUAAGAUACACUCGUGAAAGCCUGAACAGCCUGGAUGUGGCCCAAAGCUCUUCAAGUGGUGUCACCAGUGGAUCAGAAUGUUCCAGUAACAGAAGCAGCCUGAAGCUGGUGGAGGAGCAACUUUCAUACAAGAGACAGUUCUGUGGCAGAGCCAGAGUCCACACGGACUUUGUGCCGAGUCCAUACGACACAGAGUCCCUCACACUCAAGGUGGGCGAUGUGAUUGACAUCCUAGCCAAACCACAUGUGGGAAUAUGGACCGGAAUGCUGAAUGGUAGAAUAGGGAAUUUUAAAUUCAUCUAUGUGGAUGUGCUAACAGAGCUCAGUGCAGAGACAGAUAAGGACACCUGCAGAGUCAGUCGAGAAUCCACACAAGCAACCCUACUGGAAGCUUUAAAGAGGCUCCGUUUGGAGGAGCACUGCUCAUCUCUGCGGCUGCACGGGUACCAAACAGUGGAGGACUCAAUGCUGCUGAGGGAGGAGCACCUGACGGAGCUGAAUGUGACUGAUCCAGAACACAGGUUCCAGCUGAUGGCCGCCGUCAACUCCCUGCAGCAUCAGCAGCAGCAUCAGCAGCACUCUGAUCAUCUGCUGCAGAAUGAAGCUGAUCAGGUGUCUGAGACACUUGGCGAGAACACAAAGACUGACACGAACUGCCCACGAGACUCUGGCUGCCACAUGCAGUCUGACAGUCCUGACAGCAGCUUUCUCUGCACGCCAGAUCUGUCACAUCAGAUUACAACUUCAGGAAAUUAA